AGGGAGGCGAGGUCUGCCAGGCCUGACUUUGGCACAGCGAGUGGCAGUGCUGUGGAGGCGAUACACCAAGUCUCAACUCCAAGUCGGACCAAGCUAAGGUACAAAGAGGUGACUCGUUAUUCGAUCCAUGCAGUCACUCCCCGGAUGGCACCAUGGGACCCCCCGACGAGGUCAUCGACUUCCACCACCCAUACACUCCGUACGACGUACAAACACAGUUUAUGACAGAAGCCUACAAGGUGCUUCAGACCGGAAACGGGCAGAUUGGAAUCCUUGAGAGCCCCACUGGCACGGGCAAAUCUCUCUCCCUCAUAUGUGCUGCGCUCACCUGGCUACGAAAUCACAAAUCGCACGAGAACGAGCUGUCUCUCGGCUCUGCAGGUGUUGACCUCGAGGAUGAGCCUGAUUGGAUCAUUGAACAAACCCUCCAACGAAAAAGAGAUGAUAUCUCCAAGAAAUGGAAGCAGCGUGAACAGCGCCUGGAGCAAAUCCGUCUCAAGGAGAAAGCUCGCGCGGCACGCAGCGCCAAGCGGCGCCGCAUUGAUGACGGCAACCAGAAGAAAGUGCUCAAGAAUCCUGAAGAUGAAGAAGCAGAAUGGUUGCUGGAUGAUGCAGACGAACCUACCUCGCAGAGCGACGCUCUGUCGGGCCUCGGCAAAGAGACACUGGAAAUUCUAUCUCGAUACGGCCUUGGAGGGCUGAAGCGUGACAAAGAAGACGAGGAGAUCCUCGAGGAUGGCGUAAAGCUCUCGCAAUUCGUUGCCGAACUCCGUCGACCGUCCUUCCCGUCGUCUAUGCCAUCGUCACUCGUGUCGGGUGAACAUGGAGCGGCUGUUCAAGCUAUCCAAGAACCAGUCAAGCAUCUCCCAUUGUCAUCGCGGCAAAAACUAUGCAUCAAUCCAGCUGUCUCGCGCCUCAAGACGCAGUCGGCCAUCAACGACCGAUGUGCUGAGCUGCAGCAACCAAAAUCAAAAAACAAGUGCCCGUAUGUGCCGAAAGAGGAAAACUUGAAUAAGACACAUCAGUUCCGGGACACAGCCCACGCAACCCUACCCGACAUUGAAGACCUGUUUCAUCUUGGCAAGUCUCUAGAAGUGUGCCCUUACUACGCCUCACGCACAGCGAUCGCUGGCACAGAGAUCAUCACACUGCCGUACCCUUUACUUCUGCAAAAGACCGCACGUGAAGCUUUAGGCAUUAAGCUUGAAGGCAAUAUUGUCAUUGUCGAUGAAGCUCAUAACAUCAUGGAUGCCGUCGCCAAUGUGUAUGCAUCUGAAAUUCGACUAGGCGAGCUGAAGAGGGCACGGCUGAUGCUUGGCGUCUACGUCAAGAGGUUUGGGAAGAAGCUCAAGGGCGAAAAUCGCGUUAUGGUCGGCCAGCCCGAACAAGGCAUUGUUGACGCCAAAGAACUCCUGCGCUCAAAAGGCAUCGACCAAAUCAACCUCUUCAAACUCAUUCAGUACAUCCAAACCUCCAAGCUCGCCUACAAGAUCGAGAGCUACGUGGCGUAUGUCGAAGAGGAUGACUCGAACAAAGCCGCCCCUCGAUCGUCCACGCCUGUUCUUCAUACAUUUGUGUCAUUCCUCGUUUCCCUCACAAAUCUCAGCUCCGAAGGCCGCAUCUUUUACCAAAAGCUGCCAGGUGCAGCCCCGGAUAUCCAGCUCUCCUACCUUCUCUUAUCACCGACGCACGCCUUCUCCUCGAUCGCCACCAGUGCGCGCGCUGUCAUCCUCGCUGGCGGCACCAUGUCACCGUUCGACGACUAUCGCGCCCAUCUUUUCCCGUACCUGCCCGAGCCAAAGCUCACGACCCUCAGGUGCGGCCACGUCAUUCCGCCAUCAAACCUCUGCGUCCGAACGCUGGCUGCUUCGCGAGCCGGCGACCCAAACUCGACGUUUGAGUUCAGCUUUCAACGCCGCAGUGAUAAGGCGAUGGUCAACCAGCUGGGCCUCGCCAUUCUCAACAUGUGUGCUGUCGUGCCAGACGGCAUUGUCGUAUUCUUUCCCAGCUAUGGAUACCUGGACGAGGUCGUUGCUGCAUGGGAGACGACUGCCGCCGGCGAAUCAACGCCCAUCUGGACCCGUAUGCAGCAGCGUAAGGCCGUUUUCAAGGAAUCCAAGGGGGCCUCCAGCGAGGAAGUGCUUGCAUUGUACAGCGAGGCCAUCUUAGGCGACGGCACCAGUGAUGCACCGAAGCCACGCGGGGCCCUGCUUUUGAGUGUCGUCGGCGGCAAGAUGAGUGAAGGCAUCAACUUCUCCGACCGUCUCGGCCGCGCUGUCAUGGUUGUUGGCCUGCCGUACCCGAACAUGCACUCGCCGGAAUGGAAGGCAAAGACGGAAUAUGUCGAGAUGACAGUGUUGAAGCGGGCACUAGAAGCGGAGCCAGGGGUGGACCGAGCAAAGGCACAGGCGGCGGCGAAGCAGGCUGCGAGGGACUUUUACGAGAACGCAUGCAUGAGGGCCGUCAAUCAGAGCAUUGGCCGGGCUAUCCGUCACCGCGGAGAUUAUGCUGCCAUUAUAUUGUGUGACCGCCGUUACGGCACGGAGAGGAUCAAGGGCAAGCUUCCUGGCUGGAUCCAAGGGGGGAUCCAAGGAGAUGGGCAAGAGAGUGGGUUGCCGCAGCUUAUGGGUGCUUUGAGCGGCUUCUUCAGGGGUAAGCGAGGUACUUAGCACCCAGACAGCUGCUGGAUGUUCGUCUUCGGGUUUGAUAUUGCUCAAUGACGCCAGAAGGCGUCUGUUGAUCCUGUUCGUGGUUUCUAUCGAGAGCUCCCUUGAAGAAGUGAAAGCAUAGGCAAAGUUUUAUGUGUUCCUGG